AAAUCCCAACGAUCCCCCAACCUUCGCGACGCGCACACCAGCUCGCCGUCGGACGCAAGCGCUCACAGGCUGCUGCUGCUCCGUCUCCCGGGCGCCAACUCUGACUCCGUACGCGUUACGUGAAGGCAUCCAUGGCACGCGUGCUCUGCUCCCGGUCAGCGGUCCUGGCGCGCCGCCUCGGGGCCCAGCCCCAGCCCCAGCCCGGCGUGGUUCUGAGCCGCCGGCACAACCACACUCGCCGGCGCGCGGUGAAGGUUCUUGAAGAGGACGCCGCGGGGCCUUCUUCACCUGCGACGGACGCCUCCGAGCAGUCCCGGCGGUUGGAGGAGGCGAUCGACAGCGCCAUGGCGCGGAUGGCCGAGCCCGACUGGGCGCCCUUCCGGCCCGGGACAUCCUACUUCGCUCCGCCCCGGCCCGCCGGCGCGGCCCUGGGGGUUCUCGCGCUUAUCGGCCACGCUGGCGGGUUCAUGGGCUCCUCGGCAGCGCCGAGGCGGGGACUCUCUGCCGACGAGGCCCGCGCCGUCGCCGCCUCCUCCCGCGGUUACCCGUGCUCGACCUAUUUCAUCGAAGGCUGCUUUCCAGAUGAAGUGGAGAUCCCAAAUAUGGAUGCCAAUCAAGUUCAAGAGGAAUGAAUGGAUGAGCUAUGUUAUUGCACUGGAUGAAGGGGGUCUGGAAAAGGUGUCACUUUCAUGUCAUUUAGUGGUGUCAUGAAGUAAUGAAUUCGUGAGCUACUUGUGGGCAAAUCCAGUGCCGAAGGCUCCCCACAUGAGUACCUUCUGGAGAAAGGGCUCCCCAGCUGCUGCGAACCCACGACCUCAGACAGCUCCCAUCACUGCAUCAGGCCUGACCUUCUGAAUUUGUGAGCUACUGUAUAAAAUAAAUUUGUCCUGAAUUCAUGUGAUCUUGUAAUAAGACUAGUCUUAAAUAAAAACUACGAUUUCACCGUCU